AAUGUAGGAAAAAGUGGCAAAUAUAUUUUCAAAAAAUCAAAAUGUUGGUUUGUUUUAUGAAAACUACACAAAAAAUUUGAUUUUUUUUUCAGAAACCUACGUAUUUCAACUUUAUGCAUAACAACUCUUCUAGAAGGUAGAUGGCUCUAGCAGUCUGGUUAUAUAUACGUUUUAUUCACGGCUAAAGAUAAUAUUAUCUAGAUCAUGGAUAGUAGCCUAUACUCUAUUGAAGUUCAGAAACUUAGAAACGUACUCAGCGGCCAAAUGCACAAGUCGGGCCGCGCACAUAGGGGACGUCGCUAUAUGAGGAUAUUACACGCUAUUACGGGCUACAACCACGAUUAAAGAUAUACUUAUACCUUAGGUAUAUAAUAUAUACUUAUAUCUUUAAUCGUGACUACAACAGGCAUACAGAUAACUAACAGUCAACAGAGUGGGCAGCACGAACAGGCGUCGCCUGUCUGCGCCCGACGUAAAGAGGACACCACCCGGCCACCGACUACGUUCCUUAACUUGAUCAGAGUGACAGAAUAGAUAGUAAAAAAUGAAUGGAGACGAAGGAGGCAUUAAAUUUGUAAAUUGCAUUGGUUCAGACAUAAAUAUAUGGAGAAAACUACCAUAUGAUGAAAAUUAUGAAUGUGAAACUUGUUUACUGUAUGAUGAACCUGAAUAUCAUCUUGAUGAUCCUGAAUGUGUUAAUACUACUUGGAAAUUUUUUGACCAUAUAACAAAAAGAUAUCUAUUAGGAAACGGAAAAGAAAUUUUUCAUUACCAAAAAUAUGAAUGCCCUCCACUAAUAGUUAAAAUUAGCACUCCGUUAUAUACAUUACAAGAACUUUGCAAAUACACAAUUUCGACAAGGCUUUUGGUGAACAAUAUUAGUAAUACAGCAAUUGAUGAAAUGGAAUUACCCGAACAGUUUAAAAUUGAUAUAAAAAGUUGUGUACAGAAAUUAAGAGAACAAUAUGAUGCAGAUGGAGAUGAUUGUAUUCAAGAUUGGACAGUAUACCACGAAGAAGAAUAUCAUUAUUAAAAUGUUUUAAAUAAAAGUUUUUAUAUAAUAUUCUUCAUUAUACACAUUUUAAUCAUUAUUUUUAAAUAUUACAUUAUUUAUUUAUUUUUCUUGAAAAAUAUCAUCAUGAUUUCAAAAUAAAAACAUUUAAUCCUCAAGUUACUUUGUUUUAAUACUGAUUUUGUGUUUCCCCUGGAGCCAACAUUAUUCAUCAAACAUAGACAUUUAGUGAAUUAUGCAUCAAAUUAAAAAUUGUAUUGGUCACAGCAAUUCAAAACAAUGUAUAUUUUAUAAUAUACUAUAUAGCAGAAGUUCCCAAACUGUGGGUUAGGUUUAUUUGCGUUAUAUUUUUAAGUAAUACAUAUUUAGACAUGUGUUUCUAUUACUUAUUGUUGAUGUUUAAAUUUAGUUUUAUCAUAAAUUGUUUUCUGCUUACAUCACAAUUACGAAUUUACUGCAACCGUGUGAAUACAAGGCAAUAAGAUUAGUAGUUAUUGAAAAGAUAGCAAUUUAUUGCUAUAAUAAAUUCC